ACGGUACGGGCUCCAGCGGGGAGAUCCAUGACGAUGGCUCAGCUAGGAAGGCUGCCUGAUCUGGCCUGACUCCGCGCGGUUUGGCCGCUCAACAGGGAACCUCGAUCUUACGGGAGCAAUGCCGACCCCGGUCAGCCUGGGUCGCGUCCGUCUGGCUGGAAACAUCGACAUCCGACACGAUGGUUCACCCGUAAUUACCGAGCAAUUUGGUCAGUCGGAUGAGCGAAUCUGGGGACGCUCAAACCACCCGAAACCUGCAAGAAAACACACUCGAUGCGCUGUGUGCUUACAGCCCUUCGACGUCGCCAGACGAAGGGCAUGUUUGUGUUCAAGAAUGAGGUUCCGACCGCAGGACUCGUUGUUCCGAGGUACGUGCGACAGAAACGUUGGCCCUUCCACUCCAGGCUGUGCCACCUUCAUGCUUGGAUCUGGUUCCAGGGUUUGGCUUGACGUUGCCGAGCGGCCGUGGGCAUCUGCCAAUUCUCCGAGGCCCGCUGUGACGGUCCAACGAAGGUUCCGGACACAUCCUUACCAAAGCACUGAGCUCAGUCAGGGCUGCAUUUCGUUGUCCUUUGCCCGGUUUUCUCGUCGGUUGAGGAGUCGUUUGACGACGAAUCAGCUUCCCGUGGUGCAGUUUUCCCGUCGGACCAGCAGGUGUUGCGAGUCACCCGCCAGACAAGGCCCCGAUGCGGCUAGAAACAGGCGAGACAUCUGCACUGGGGUCGACCGCAUCUCCGCCAAUAAGCAAGACUUCGUGACACGUAACAUGCUCCCUUGGCGGGAUUACGCGAGCUGGCGCAGGCGGUUCAAGUGCAUCUUCAGCUCUUGGCCAUGAAGAAGCAUUCUCGUCUUUGAGUCGCGUCUCCAGGCCGGUCUCAACCCGACAGGCGAUAAGCUUAGGGAUUUGCAACAACCCAAGGUUACAUUCCGCGGUUGAUCUCCACGACCGCAAAGACCAUCAAGAGGCCUUGCGUUAGUCGUCAUCUCCUUAUGGAUACUGGGCGGACCGC